AUGGUCGAAACAAUCUCGCCUGACUACCUGGUGAUUGGUGCGGGUGCCAUGGGAAUGGCUUUCGUCGACACGCUCAUCACAGAUACGAAGGCCACUGUGGUGAUGGUCGACCGUUACGCUCGUCCAGGAGGACAUUGGACUAUUGCUUAUCCUUUCGUUCGCCUCCAUCAGCCUUCUGAAUUCUACGGUGUCAACUCUCGACCAUUUGGCGAAGGCAAGAUUGAUCAGGUUGGCUGGAACAAAGGUCUCACCGAGCUGGCAACGGUCGAUGAAGUCUGUGCCUAUUACAGCAAAGUUAUGCAUCAAACCUUUCUCCCGUCUGGUCAGGUCGUAUACUAUCCAAAACAUGAAUACCUAGGUGAAGGCCUCUUUCGGUCAAUUGUUACGAAUAAAACGUUUCGAGUUGGACAAAAUACGCGCAUUGUGGACGCUACGUACAUGAACGUUAAAGUCCCUGCCAUGAAUCCACCCUCUUACGAAGUCUCGGAAAAGGUCAGUCUAAUCACACCAAACGAACUGCCGAACAUCGCUCGACCUUACGGUGGAUAUACUGUGGUUGGUGCUGGAAAGACUGGGGUUGAUGCUUGUCUCUGGCUGCUAGCAAACGGAGUCGACCCAAAGGAUAUCUUGUGGAUCAUGCCCCGCGACUCGUGGUUCAUUGAGCGUGGAGAAUUUCAGCCAGGAUCCGCAUUUGCUGCGGACACUGCAGCAAGGGUUAACAACAUCGGUGAAGCGACCUUGGCCGCCUCCUCGCCAAAAGACCUAUUUACACGGCUUGAGGCUUGCGGACAUCUGAUGCGAAUGGACAAAAACGUAUGGCCUACCAUGUUUCGGUGCGCCACCGUCUCUUUUGCCGAGCUCGAGCAAAUCAAAAAAAUUGGGACAAUUUUACGCCAAGGACGAGUUGUUCGUCUCGGUCCGAAUGAAGUGGUCUUGGAGAAAGGAACUUACAAACCCGUGGAUGAUGCACUCUACAUCGACUGCACUGCCGAUGCUCUAGCAAAGCUCGAGCCAGUAUCGGUCUUCAGAGGUAAACUGAUUACCCUUCAGUCGGUGCGACACUGCCAACAGGUUUUCAGUGCUGCUUUUAUUGCCCACGUCGAGGCUACAUAUGACAUCGACGAGAAGAAGAAUGAACUCUGUCGUGUAAUACCACAUCCGGACGAGCAUCUGGAUUACAUCACUGUAAAUCUCAAGACAUAUCAAAACGGACUUUCAUGGAACGCGGAGCCGAAAACAGCUGCAUGGCUAAGACAAGCCCGGUUAGACUGGUUUGGCACACUAGUGCCAGCACCUGAAGAACCCGCGGAAGCUGCAGAGUUCUAUGCUCGUUUAGUUGCACGAACUAAUGCUAUCUGUGCUAAGCUUAAUCAACUUUCCAACUUUUAG